CAGAGAGUCCACACUGGAGAGAAACCUUAUGAAUGCAAACAGUGUGGAAAGACUUUUACAAUGAAGCUCUCUCUUACUGGACAUGAGAGAAUCCACAGUGGAGAGAAACCUUAUGAAUGUAAACAGUGUGGAAAGACUUUCACAAAGAAUGGCGGUCUUGCUGCACAUCAGAAAAUCCACAGUGGAGAGAAACGUUAUGAAUGUAAAGAGUGUGGAAAGGCUUUUACAGAGAAAGGAUCUCUUACUGUACAUGAGAGAAUCCACAGUGGAGAGAAACCUUAUGAAUGUAAAGAGUGUGGAAAGGCUUUCAAAGAGAGGGGCCAUCUUGCUGCACAUGAGAGAAUCCACAGUGGAGAGAAACCUUAUGAAUGUAAAGAGUGUGGAAAGACUUUCAGACAGAGGAGCUCUCUUGGUAAACAUCGAAAAGUCCACAGUGGAGAGAAACUUUAUGACUGUAAACAUUGUGGAAAGGCUUUUACAAUGAGUUGUGAUCUUGUUGCACAUGAGAGAAUCCACAGUGGAGAACAACCUUAUGAAUGUAAACAGUGUGGAAAGACUUUUACAAUGAAGGUCUGUCUAACUGCACAUAAGAGAAUCCACAGUGGAGAGAAACCUUAUGAAUGUAAACAGUGUGGAAAGACUUUCACACAGAGCAGCAGUCUUGCUGUACAUCAGAGAAUCCACACUGGAGAGAAACCUUAUGAAUGUAAACAGUGUGGAAAGGCUUUCACACAGAGCAGCGGUCUUGCCUCACAUGAGAGAAUCCACACUGGAGAGAAACCUUAUGAAUGUAAACAGUGUGGAAAGACUUUUACAAUGAGGCUCUCUCUUACUGUACAUGAGAGAAUCCACAGUGGAGAGAAACCUUAUGAAUGUAAGCAGUGUGGAAAGGCUUUCAGAGAGAGGAGCUCUCUUGUUAAACAUCAGAGAGUCCACAGUGGAGAUAAACCUUAUGAAUGUAAAUAAUGUGGAAGGGCUUUUACAAGGAAGGAAUCUCUUUCCAGAGAUCAGAGGAUCCACACUGGAG